AUGGCUUCUACAUCAAGUUAUCCUGUACCAUGUGGACCAUGUACAAAGGAAAAGGUAAACAAUAAAGCUGGCAUCUGGUGUUAUAACUGUAAUGAAGGAUUGUGCUCAACAUGUUCCGGUCAUCAUAAAAAAUUUGGAUCAACUCGUGAUCACAAGACCAUUGAUAUUCAAACCUAUAAAAGCUGCAAACCAUCCAUUGGAGCUAUCAAAACAAAGUGUGACGCACAUGAUCAACAAUUCAAUUUGUACUGUCCAAGCCAUUUACUACCUUGCUGUGAUGAAUGUGUUUCAACUCAUCAUUCAAAGUGCACUGGAAUAAAAAGUUUAACAAGUGUAGUAGAGAAAACCAAGAUAAAACAAAACAAAGCAUCUGUCGAAAAGCAUAUUAACUCCAUCUUACUUUUCCUUAAUACAACAGCUGACAAAAAAACAAAAAACAUUAAAAAAGGAGAACAGCAAUACAAAAGCAUAAAGGAAUCAAUCAGUAAACUUCGGAAGGAAAUCAAUAAACAUUUAGAUCAGCUAGAAAAAAAAAUAUACAAAGAAGCAGAUACUGUAUGGAGUGAGGAGAAAGCAAAAUUAACAGGUUUCAUUACUGAAAUUGAAGAAAAAAAGAAGAGUUUAAAGGAAAUACAAGGUGAUUUGCAUAUAGUCAAAGUUCAUGCUUCAAAACUUCAGUCAUUUCUAGGAGUUCAUCAGAUAGAACAAGUAGUACAUCAGUGUCAACGCUAUGUUGAAGAUAUAGAAAAAAUGAAAUAUGAGAUAUCCUGUGAAGUUGACAUCAAAAUAGAGCAAAAUGAUGAGAUAGAAAUAAUACUCAGGGAGAUAAAAUCAUUAAAGUCCUUUGGAGAAGUGAAGGUUGUUAAAAGUAAAUUAACAAUUAACAGAGAAACAAGUGUGAGUAGGGACGCGCAAGGAGAGUCAAUAUCAAUAUCCAACAAACUGGUUAAAUGA